AUGGAUGACACGGAGCAGCAGCCCGAGCUGGAGCUGGCCGAGAUGGCUUAUUUCGGCCCCACCUCCCUCACCUACCUCCCCGUCCUCCAAUGGCUAGCUGAUAAUUUCUAUUUGUGUGGAGGAUGCACAGUACCCUGUCGGCUACUAUAUGAGCUGUAUAUUGAAACCUGCAACCCAGAUUUCAAGAUUCAAGUACAUCCAUCCACCUUUGGAAAGCUUAUUCAGUUAGUUUUCCCAGGCCUGGUGACAAGAAAGCGGACCACAGCAGGGAGCAUCAGAUAUCAUUAUGAUGGAAUAGCUAUCAAGAAGGAGUCUUCCUUUUAUGCACGUUUUUGCUGUCUUCUAUAUGAACAAAAUUAUCUCAGGAACUGCUCUCCGGGGGAAGUGAGCAUCUCUGAUGUGCAGCCAAGCACCAGUAGAAGUUCCUGGAGUUCUGAAAAUGCAGCUGAUUACAAGAAGAAUAGACAAAAAAAAGGAACAAGUAAGAAUUUGCAGUAUUAUCCAUCUGUCAUUUAUCUGAAGGCUGAACAAGAGACGUUUCAUUACCUUUCUCCUGAUUUCAACCAGUUCUUCUUUGGAGAGCAAGCACAGAGUGAGACAUACCCCUAUGAGCUGAUUGCACUGCUUGCCAAUGACUACUACAACUAUUGUCAAGUUAUUUUACAAAUGGUGAGAGAGACCAAGCUUGACAAGGUGGAAGAUUGUAUCAUGUCAUUCUGGACAUCUCUGCAGCCUGAAAGAAUAGAACUGAUGUGCCUGCCAGAUGUAUGCCAGCUGUUAAAAAGCUAUGAUAGGUAUCUAUUCAAGGAACUGGAGAACAUCCUACUUCCUGAUUUCCUGGAGGAGGUGCCUGCACAACACAUAGACUCAAUCAGAUCAUUCAGUGAAAAUGUUAAGUGUUGGAUGCUUAAUCCUUUGGGAGGUUUUCCAUUACUGCUCCAAACAUCCAAGUCUAAUGAAGCUAAAGAGUUUGUAAAAAGGCUCAGGAGACAGACAGACCUUUGCAACAUGGUCAAGACAGUAAGAGCUCUCUUGAACAACAACAGCACAGUCACUGUUCUGCGAUCAGGCUUGCAUGCCAUCUUCAAUGAGAAAUCUCUGGAUGUGACUAAAGACCUCUUUCAAGAGUUUAGGAAUCCAAAGAAGCGGCAGAAAAACAUACAAUUAAAAUGUUUGAAAAACUUCAUUUCUUUACUGACAUCUUCCACAGAUAUUCGGGAUCUCCUGAGCUCUUUGUCCUCAGAUCUCCAGACUUUUGUUAUUAAGCCAAGCAAGAGUAAAGAGGCAUUUAAAGAGCAGGCAGCAGAUUUCAUGUUGAAAUGGAACCUCCUACUGAGCAAUGUAGGCAAGAUUCUGACCAUCAACAGGACAGACAGUUUUGGAUCCUGGCUUUUGUUGAAUAUGCUACUUGUUGAUUUUGCGGCUCACAUUUUCCAGUCCUAUAUUGAAGAGGAGAAGGAAGAAGGAAAUGCCUUGGUUGCAAACCAAAAUGAGGUCCCUGUUCUGUGUGUUUACGAGCCUAGCCAUCUCACAGCCUGUUUUGCUGAGGAGGAACCUCAAGCCAAUGCUACACAGACAUCUCUUGUGAUGCAGAACCAGAAUAACUUCGGAUUAACCAAUGCUUUCCAGAGUUCUGAGUUGUUUGGUGAACACAGCCACUGUCAGCAAGGUGAAAAUAGCAUUAACUUAAAUUAUGGGAAAAAAGUUAUAAUUUGGGUGAAUUAG